ACCUUGGUUAACUGUACCCUGCCCAUUUCCCUCGAAAACCGCGCCAUCUCUUUUUUUCUCCCUCCUUACAUCCACUGCGCAAUCCGAAACCUACUUCUUUCCCCUCAACCUUCAACCGCCAUCAUCACCAUCACAGCGCAUCACCUCUCAUACCAUCUCCAUCUCCAUCCAGCUCCUGCAUCGAGCUGAUUGCGCCUACAGCCGGAUUCCAACGUCCUCUUCGGUUGGCCUGUCCGCCACAGAGAAACCCGAAAGAAAAUCUCGGUCCUGCGAGCAGGACGAGGUUCCCACGCCAUCCUUUCGCGUACGCAGAACGCACAGAGAGCAGGGCAUUAGACGUGCCAACAUCCACCGGUGUCGCCUCGCUGCCGCAUCAGAGAGAAACCGGCCAGUUCCCAGCCUGCUUUCGUCGUCUCCCCCUCCUGGUCUACAUUGGAAAAGGGAUCUUGGAAACACUGGACGACUCUACUACCUAGAUCUUGCCUUUUUGACGGCUGUAACUUGUUAGGUCGAGGCAGAAAUACAAGUAAUCGCCCGAAGGCCAAAGGCAAGGAGCCACAAGAGAGAAGACCUCUACUACUACCCUUACCUAGCACUUGGGUGACUAUCACGACUCCUUCGUAUUUUCGCACUUAGCAGGUGCUGCUGUGAGGCCUCGCUAUCGCCCUCGCACCAAUACAUUGUGCCUGCUAGUCUUCCCAGUAUUCAAGAGAUCAUUAGAGCAACCAUGUCGUCGCCUGUAGCAGAGCUCGAGGCGGGCCUGAAUGCCAUGCUGAGCAUGAAACCGCCUGGAGUCACCGGAUCCCGUAUUAUGUCGCUGACGAAUCUCUGCGUGGACAAUGUCCAGUCGGAAUCCGUACUCAUCCAGAAGAUAUACACCCACUUCAAGAAAGCUCCUGCGACUCACAAGCUGGGAGUUCUCUACGUCGUAGAUUCCGUAACUCGCCGAUGGGUUGACCAUGCCAAGCAUCAAGGCCAGCCUAUCAAUAGUUCUGCAAAAGAUGGCACGUUCGCCGCCGGAGUGCAUAGAGUGACGGAGCUGCUUCCCGUAUUGAUGAAUGACAUACUUCAGAACGCCCCCGGAGAACAAAAGGAGAAGAUUAGAAAGCUCGUUGACAUAUGGGAGAAGGGCCAGACAUUCCCUCUGGCCAUGAUCGAGUCCUUCAAGCAGAAGCUGCCCGCCAAGAACGAAUCCACUACGCCGGUCGGCAGCCCCCCUCCGGGACCUGGUCUGCCGGGUCUGCCGGAUAACAACACUAAUAAGCCGCCGGCGGCUGAGGCUCCGAAUGCCAUCAUGGAAGCCCUUGCCAACAUCGCCCGCCAGAAUGUUACCGCUGCGCCGGUCGAAAAUAACGUCUCGGCUGCAGCCACUCCAUAUAGCAUACCGACAGCCCAGACUAGCGUCAUUCAGCCACCUGUCCUCCCGAUUAACCAGACCCAACCUGCCCUUCCCUACGCAGCCCCUCAGCACUCCAUAAACCUAGGAGGGAUGCCAUACGCGUUCGCUCAACCGGCUGCAGUUCCGGCUCAGCCUCCCGUGCCCCCGGUGACUGCUAGUAACCAGACUCCCGGUUUCCCCGGUGUAACCCCAGGUGCCACGGGGGCACCUGUCACAGGCGUGGAUACUAGUGUUCAGCAGCAAGUCAUGUUGAUCAAGCUUCUUGCCGACCAGGGCAUCCCAUUUGAGAAAAUCCCAGCCAUCAUCGCGGGUAUGCAGGGCACGAGUGCUCUCGCUGCCGCACCCGCAGCUCCUACUCCUCCCGUAGGCCAGAUGCAGUAUGCUAGCGCCUGGGGUCAGGUCGGCUUUCACCCCGAGGAGUCACGUGACCAGGACUUUCAGGGAGUGAGGUCUCCGGACAGGUAUCGGCAUCGGUCCCGAUCACGUUCUCCCCCACGCCACUGGGAUACGCGCGAUUCCUCUCACGGCCGCGAUUAUAGCAACUAUGGACGCAAUUCACCGGGUACCGGACGCGCAGAGGACCGCGGCCGAGCGAGAGCCCCAGAUUAUCGACAACGCAGCCCUGGGCGCCGCGGUCGUAGUGCUACCCCCCCCCACGGAUUCCCCCAACCAGGGACCAAAUGGGUCGAGUACGACAGCACCCUUCCCCAAGGCCACAUAAAGGUGUUAAGCAGGACUCUGUUUGUCGGAGGUGUCACAUGCCCCGAAGGCGAGUUGCGAAGCGUAUUCAACCGCCACGGACAGGUGCAAACCUGCAUCGUCAACAAGGAUAAGCGCCAUGCCUUUGUGAAGAUGAUCACACGCCGGGACGCAGUAACCGCCAAGGAAGCCAUGGAAAAUAGCACUUUCCGGACUCGGUGGGGAGUAGGAUUUGGACCGCGUGAUUGUAGCGACUACCAGACGGGGAUUAGUGUGAUUCCUAUCAACAAGCUUACCGAAGCGGACCGCAAGUGGAUGCUGACCGCCGAAUACGGCGGUAGCGGCGGCCGGCCUAUCGAGACCGGUCUUGUAGUCGAGGAGCCCGACAUCGAGAUUGGUGCUGGGGUGUCCUCAAAAGCCAUCAGCCGGCGGAUGCAGACCGAUAAAGGUGGUAGACACGGGCCCAAGUCCAGCCGGGGCCCAAGCGGCGACGAAGAGGGAGACCUAACCCGAUGGCGACGAAACCGCGACAACCGACGGGACGAUAGGGAGGAGGCACCCGUGGCGAACAACGGCCCCGCAAUUCCAUCAUUUCCUUUCGGAAUCGGAACUGGACCGAAUGGCAUGCCGGUCUUCCCGCCCGGCUUUACGUUCCCCGCUCCCGAACAGUAGGAUCGAUAGGGCAAGGCGCGGGUUUCACGCACAUUUGUCUUGAUCACGGGCAAUUCUUAACCGCCCGUUGUUUGAGUUUCGGGAGCCGCCCGGAAACUCGCCGAGUAUGACGAACUGCUUUGAGAGAGGGCUUGUUUCCGGUUCCACGGGACUAGGAGCAUUUGACGACCUAGCAUGAAUCGGCGUUGGGGAUAGGAGGGAAUUUCUGUGUUAAACCCGAGUAGGACCACAAUUCCUGGAUUAGCAGGUGCGCAAUCUGGUUGAGAUCAGUGUGACCACCUCUGGUAAUCUUGAUCGAGUGUCUUAAGUCGAUAUAUCGACUUUGGUUUUCCCGGGGCCUCUGUUUUGUUGGCUUGCGCUCCGGAGGGAUUCUGCUUUUUUUUCUGCUUUCUCCCACCGGCAGCUACCGUACGAGUAAAGGCAGUCCCACCACAGACUACAUAAUGUAUAGUAGCUAGAGAAAAAGAAGGCGUCGAAGGAGAGGCCGAGGGGUGCAGAGAGAGAGAGAGAGAGACGGAGAGAGAACAAAAGGGUCCCCCAAAAGGAAGGAGGAUAUCUGUGUACUCGGGAAAGAUACCUGUGUGUCCCACUUGUCCCUCGAUCGAGUCCUAGAGAGGGUUCUUGUACGUACUACGGUUCAGGUCGCCUGUAUAAAUAUGAAAUUCUUGCGCACGCG